GGUUUGACAACUUCCCUCUAAACUGAUUUUUAGCAAAACAGAGCAAAAAAAAACUGUGAAUCAUAACAAAAAAAAACGUAAAAGUAGUUCAAUCUUCAACAAAAUACUAGAAAUUUGACCGUAUUCCAUUUCGUUAUAUCAUGUUCUUGUGGUUCUGAUUAUUAGUGUCAAAGUUCCAAUUACCGUCGUGAGCGGAGCAAACAUGAAGUUCCAAUUUCUAGCGGCGGUGUCUCAAUUUGCGUCGUGGUUGCUGCUCUUUCUGUCCAGUUGCUUCCAUCCCGUCAAUGGAGGGGACAUUGUGGACAUCACGGAUACCGUUUUUGGUUCGAUGACCGACACGAUUCCGGUGGCGUAUGGCGAUUUCAAUUCGGACGAACUGUUCGAUAUGUUUGUGCUGCGGAAUAACUUCCGAACGAUCCAGAUUCUGUUCGGGAGCGAUGAUAAGCCACUGCUCCAGGAGGGUCCCAAAUGUGAGUACAAGAACUUUCACAUCACCAGUGUCGUUCCGGGGGAUUUUGAUGGGGAUGCUUACAUGGACGUGAUGUUCACGGUUCAGCGGGAAGGAGAGAACCAAGCGGUUUAUAUCAACUGGGGAGGAUCGGAAUAUAUGAACUGCACCAAGGAGGAUGAGGAACCGCUGAUUGUGAUGAGGGGACAACCUUUGGCGCUGGACUACGAUAAGGACUUUAUCAUAGAUUUGUUCGGAAUGGACACGGAGAACGAGAGGAAGUUCUGGAUUUUCAAGAAACCCAAAGAUGGCAAAAGGAUGCCUCCGGAUACGUUCUCGAUGGAUGGCAAGCAUGGGGCCUUACUGAAAGUUCCCCACUCACAUGCCAUCAUCGAUCUGGACAAAGACUUCACGGCAGAUUUGUUGCUGACCACUGAGAACGGUUACGAAGUAUGGAAAGGAACAGAAGCGGAGAAAGAGUUCUACUUCCACCGGAGGUUUGAUUUUCCUGUUGGUAAUUAUGAUGCCCACAUUGGACAAUCGAUCUUUCUGGAUGCGGAACUGGACGGAAAUCUUCUUCAAAUUGUCCCCAUUUGCUUCAACAAAAACUGCAUGAAUUCCAGCAUAUUGGUCUACCACGGGAAUCACUUCCACGAUCUGCAAAUCGAUUUUAAAGACGACCACAACGAUGUAUGGGGCUUCGUCGUUCCGGACAGGUCCAAUUGGGCCACCCAAGUAAUCACCCUACGAGGAGGCGAUUUUAACCUGGACGGCUAUCCAGACCUCCUAGCCACCCUUUCCAAAUCCUCCGGCCAGAUGCAGACGUUUCUACUGGAAAACGUCCCCUGCGAGAAGUUGGCCUGCAAUCACAUGAAGAGGACAUUCGUGGUCCGGUGGAAGGCCCUGGCCCCAUUCACCAACGGAACCAUCAUGGGUUCGUUCUACGAUUUCUACAACAAUGGUAUUCUGGAUGUGAUCUUCGUGGAAAAGGUGGGAAACACUACCCGGCCGGUGGCGUUCCGGAAUUCGUUGGACUACGACGCCAACUUUGUGAAGGUCAUCGUGUUGACCGGGUUGACGAAUCAACGGGGACCCAAGAAACUGACACCUCUGGGGAGGAAGAAGAGAACUUACGGCACAAAUCUUCCCGGGCCUCGUAUCGAGUACAACACAACCACCCAGGAUGGCGACCCACAGCACGGUGCAUCAGCUCAGUUACCGCAGUCCGCUUACUUCUCCCUACACCUGCCGUAUACAACCUUCGGCUUGGGUCGCACCCCGAACUUUGUCGAUUCGCUAACCGUUGGGCUGUCCAAUCAUUCCCGCACUUGGACGCAACUGAUCCCCAACUCGCAGAUGAUUGUCGUCCCGUGGCCAAUCGACGAAACGGACAAGUGGAAGGCGCAGCUGUUCGUUACUCCCAGCAAGCUGAUCUUGAUGAGUGUGGUUGCGCUGGGCGGUAUCUGUCUGGUCAUACUGCUGCUGAUUCUGAUACUGUACGCCAAGGAGAAACGCGAGGACCGAAUUCAACGGUCGCUGGAAGCGCAUCGGUUCCACUUUGAUGCGAUGUAAGGCAGCGUUCGACUUGGGAGGCGAUCAAAAGGUACUUUUUCUGCGAUAUUUAUUUCUACGUUUUAUCUAGGCGUUUUUAAUUAUAAUUGUGUGUUUAGACUCUUUUUUCGGAUAAUUUAUUAUUACGAACCGCACUGAGUAAUAUAUGAACUAACGGAGACGGUUUUGUUCGCGGUACCACUACAUUGAUAACCUAAUAAUAAUAAAUUUUUUCGUCUA